GCAUGUUAUCCAUUCCAGAGUCCUGUUGCUGCUGCCUGUGGUGUGGUGACUCCCAGUCUCCCACUCCUCCCCUCCGCCACCAUGUAUUAUCCCCACCUCGCCGUCUCCGUCUCCAUGGCGGCGGCGGCUGCCCACCCCUUCCUCCGCCGCCCCUCCUCCUCGGUGCCAUCCCUUCUCCACUCCACGCCGACGUCAUGGAGGUCGAGGAGGAGGGCCAUCGCCGCCGUCUCCGUCCAAGGCGACGACGACGGCUUCUUCACCGUCGACUUGGACCCGGACGACUACGCCGCUGAAUCCGAGUCCGACGACGACUCUCCGUGGGAGGGCGCGCUCGUCUACCGUCGUGACGCCGCCGUCCACCACCUGGAGCAUGCCACCACUCUGGAGCGCCUCGGCCUCGGCGACCUCUCCUCCAACGACUCCCGCGCGCGUGCCGCCGCCAUGGGGCUGGGGGCACCGGACCAGCCUCAGACCCCCGUCCUCGUCUCCCUCGACGUCACCCGCCGCCGCGCCCGCCUGCGCCUCGACGGCAUCGUGCGCACCGUCAUCACCCUCGGCUGCUUCAGGUGUGCUGAGCCAGCACCUCAAGGUAUAUUUGCCAAUUUUUCCCUCUUAUUGACAGAGGACCCAGUAGAGGAACCUGACGUAGUUGACCUCGGCACGAUAUAUGAAGAAGACACUGCUAGCGGUGCUGGCACCCUGGGUGAAGACGACCAAGAUGUCGACUGGGAUGACCGCCUGCACUUCCCAGCGGGUGACAAGGAAAUUGACAUCUCCAAAAACAUCCGGGACAUCAUUCACCUGGAGAUCACCAUGGAUGCAGUCUGCAGCCCUAGUUGCAAAGGCCUGUGCCUUGCCUGCGGCGAAAACCUCAACACCAGCAGCUGCAGCUGCAGCAAAGAGAAGCCACGGGAGCCCAAGAACGUGAAAGGUCCAGGACCUCUCAAAGAGUUGUUGAAACCGAUCCAGAAAAGAUGAUGAUGCAAACACCACAUCUUAUUGUAGGUAGUAAUGAGUUUGUAGAACUAGCAGCCUGCGUUGUUGUAUGCAGGACAGCAGCAGUGCCCAGUUACUACAUACCUUUAAAAUUUUUAAGGGAAUUGUGUCAAGUUCAGCUCCUA